ACGAAAACGAAGAAGCAAAGGAGAGUUGCUUCUGUACCUAUUCUUUCCUUCACUUCCGUUCUCAUCUUCUCUUCUUCUUCUUCGUCGUCGUCGUCUGCUGUGUGUAUCGUAGGCAGGAAGGGGAAAGAUGGAGGUGGUCGAGGGCGUGGCUUCUGGUCUGGAAUUGACGGAAUCCGAGAGGCUAGCCGGAAUUGCGAUGGAUUUUCCGGCGGGGGAUUCAGUGGCCGAGACGUCUUCUCCGUCUUUCCCGCUGAAGUUGCCUCGGAGGUUCCGGAAACGGCUUCUUCAAAGCAAGAGCCCUUCAACCGCAGAAGAAAUUGAAGCCAAGCUCAAGGAAGCUGGUCUCCGUAGACAGCAAUUCCAUGAGUGGUUGUCAAGAAAGGCUCGUCCAAAGCCAAGAAGUCCGUCAUGGUCUUCGUCUCAAGACGAAGACUUGGGGCAGCGCCUUGAAGCAAAGCUCUAUGCCGCUGAACAGAAAAGAUUGAGCAUUCUAGCAAAGGCUCAGAUGCGCCUAGCGAGGUUGGACAGUCUGCGACAAGCAGCUAAAACAGGGGUAGAAAUGCGUUUUGAGAAGGAGAGGGAGGAGCUUGGGACAAAAGUAGAAUCCCGAGUUCAGCAGGCAGAGGCUAAUCGGAUGCUUCUCAUGAAGGCUUACAAGCAACGAAGAGAUGCAGCAAAGGAGCGAACAGCUCAGUCAUUAUUGCGAAGAAAGGUUCAGGAGAGCAAGUAUAAGGAAUGUGUGCAUGCUGCAAUUUCCCAAAAGCGUGCAGCUGCUGAGGAGAAGCGAUUGGGAUUGUUGGAAGCAGAGAAGACAAAGGCACAUGCAAGGGUCUUGCAAGUUCGAAGGGUAGCUAAAUCUGUCUAUCACCAACGAGAGGUUGAAAGAAGAAUAUUGAAGGACAAGUUGGAAGAUCGCCUUCAGAGGGCUAAGAGACGGAGGGCAGAAUAUUUGAGACAAAGAGGAAAUUUCCAUGGUUCUGUUCGCAUUAAUUGGAACAUGAUGUACAAGCAAGGGGAUUCCCUGUCGAGAAAGUUGGCGAGGUGUUGGAGACAGUUCCUAAAGCUGAGGAGAACUACUUUUUCGUUGACAAAAGCUUAUGAAGCCUUAGAAAUUAACGAAAAAUCUGUGAAGUUAAUGCCAUUUGAGCAGCUUGCUUGGCGGAUCGAGUCGCCCACAACCCUUCAGACUGUGAAAGCUUUACUUGAUCGAUUCGAGAGCCGAUUCACUGUCUCACAUGCUACUUCAUCCAGUUUGGAAAACAUUGAUCACCUACUCAGACGCCUUGGUUCCCCACUCCGCAGGAGUUCACGUGGUAACGCAUCCAAGGCCAAAGGGCCAAAGAAAGUGGUGUCCAGUACAGAAGCAGUUAAAAGUCUAGUUAAGUUGUCAAGAUAUCCAGUGAGAGUAGUGCUCUGUGCUUACAUGAUUUUGGGCCAUCCAGAUGCAGUUUUCAGUGGGCAGGGCAAGCGUGAGAUUGCACUUUCUGAGUCUGCAGCAAAUUUCGUCCGAGAGUUUGAAUUGUUGACCAAGAUUGUAUUGGAUAGCCCCAUACAGAGCUCUCUUGAGUCUGCCCCUGCAUUGCCAGGUCGGCGUACCUUCAGAUCCCAGCUUGCAGCUUUUGAUGCUGCUUGGUGCUCUUACCUAUAUUGUUUUGUGGUGUGGAAGGUUAAGGAUGCUAGGUCACUAGAGGAUGAUUUAGUGAGAGUUGCAUGCCAGCUAGAGCUCUCUAUGAUGCAGAAAUGCAAGAUAACUCCACAAGGAGAUAAUGGUGACCUUACACAUGAUAUGAAGGCUAUUCAAAAGCAGGUCACUGAAGAUCAGAGACUUCUGCGAGAAAAAGUACUGCAUCUUAGUGGCGAUGCUGGAAUAGAUCGUAUGGAAAGUGCUCUUUCUGACACACGGUCUAGAUUUUUUGAAGCAAAGGGGAAUGGGAGCCAGUCAUUGUCACCAAUUGUUCAUAUUCCAUCCCCAAGUUUAUCCAGCUCUUCAGCUGAGUCUUCCUUUUCUGUUUCAGAUGAAGGAAGUAAGCCAGUUGAGAGGCCUGGCCAUGUUGUCCGGUCGUUAUUUAAGAAGGAUGCUUCUUCCCCACCUAAAGAAAUUAAAUACUCUACUCCUGUCAGAAGUGUGGUAGAUUGUCAAUCAGGUAGUUCUAGUGAAAAUUUGAUCAUUGAGAAUGAACUGCUUGUAAAUGAAAUCGUCCAUGAGCACCGUCAUGCUUUUGCUGAUAGUUUAAAUAAUGAAGAUCAAAAUGGUGCCCAGGUAAAAAUUAGAGAGACAAUGGAGAAUGCUUUUUGGGAUGGUAUCAUAGAGUCUAUGAAGCAGGAUGAGCCCAACUAUAGCCGGGUAGUUAACCUCAUGAAGGAAGUGAGGGAUGAACUGUGUGAGAUGGUUCCCCAUCCCUGGAGACAAGAGAUUCUUCAAGCCAUUGAUCUUGAUAUUUUCUUGGAGGUGCUGAAGUCAGGAAAUCAUGACAUGGAUUAUCUUGGAAAGAUCAUGGAGUUUGCAUUAGCCACUCUGCUGAAGCUUUCUGCUCCAGCUGUUGAGGAUGAGAUGAAGAAGACUCACAAAAAGUUUUUGAAGGAAUUAAAUGAGAUCUCCCAUGCUGGAGAAAAAUCAAAUGCUUUAUUUGCCAUUGUAAUGGUUAAGGGUUUGCGUUUUGUGAUGGAGCAGAUUCAGGAACUCAAGAGAGAAAUUAGCAAAGCACGUAUAAGAAUCAUGGAACCUCUCAUAAAGGGUCCAGCUGGCUUAGAAUACCUGAAGAAGGCAUUUGCCAACCAUUAUGGGUCACCCUCUGAUGCAUCAACCUCUCUACCAUUGACAGCACACUGGCUUUCAUCUUUAAAGGUUAGUUCAGAGCAGGAAUGGAAUGAUCAUACAAAUUCCUUGUCAGCCUUAACAACAAUCUCCGCAAGUUCUUCUCGAGGACUUCCUUCUGCUGCCCUUAGGACUGGUGGUGGCAGUGUUCUUAUACCAUCAAACAUAAGACAAGAGAUGUCCUUUCCUCUGGCAACAACUACUGCUGUCACAGGUAAUCCACAAUCAGAAUGCAUGGGAGAAAGGAUUGAUCUGUUAGUGAGACUUGGCUUGUUAAAGCUAGUAAAUGGAAUAGAAGGGCUAACGCAGGAGAAUCUACCUGAAACCCUUAAGCUCAAUCUCUUAAGGCUAAGGGCUGUUCAAUCCCAACUUCAAAAGAUUGUUGUAAUUGCUACUAGCAUGUUGGUUUUGCGGCAGACUCUCCUUAGUGAGAAUUUGGUGAGCAAUUCUACUGAUAUGAAGAAAACAAUAUCUGAAUCUGUCAAACAACUCUCUGAUCUCCUGGACCGUGUAGAGGAUGUUGGAAUUGUAGAUAUCAUUGAAACUAUUAGUGGUGUCUUUGAAGGUGGGAACAAUGUCCCAGAUGCAAAGAAUCUCCAACCGAGGAAGGAUAUAAUGGUAACUAUGUUAAGUAAAAGCCUAAGAGCUGGAGAUGCUGUGUUCAUGAAAGUUUCAGAUGCAGUUUACCUGGCGAUGAGAGGAGUGGUGCUUGGAGGAAGUGGAUUACAGGGAAGGAAACUGUCAGAGAUGGCUCUCAGUCGGGUAGGUGCUAUAGAUCUUACCGAUAAGGUAAUUGAAGCAGGGGAGGUACUUGUCGUGGUAGCAGAAGUAUCUGAUUAUGUUCAUAGACCGUGGUAUGCCCACCUAAUUCAAAUUUAACUGUGAUUUGUUCCAGAAGAAAGGAAUGAAACUUUCCUGUUUAUUCCAUUGUACAGAUAUGUACAUUAUGUGUCUUAGGAUAGUUGCAUGUGUAUAGGGAGUUAGUUUUUUUUGUGAAAUAUGAUGAACAGAAGCUGUAAAUAAUAUAUUUAGACUGAAAUAAAGGUUUCUAAGUGUUGGUUGGUUCUCUUUGUGAAAUAUGAUGAACAGAAGCUGUAAAUAAUAUUUAGACUUAAAUAAAGGUUUUCCUUGCUCUA